CCUGCCACUCCGGAUUAAAGUUGCCGCCGAGCGCCUCGAAAUUUAAAGGGGCCGCUGUGUUCCCUGAGUGAAGGCCAGGGUCGGACAGCAUUUUGUGAUGGGACCUGUGCGGUUGGGAACGUUGCUUUUUAUUUUGGCGGUGUACGGUUCCUGGGCUGGGACGCCGAAGGAGGAGGAUGACACGGAACGUUUGCCCAGCAAAUGCGAAGUGUGUAAGCUGCUGAGCCUGGAGCUGCAGGAAGAGCUGAGUCGAACUGGCCGAUCUCGAGAGGUGCUAGAGCUGGGGCAGGUGCUGGACACAGGCAAGAGGAAGAGACAUGUCCCAUAUAGCGUUUCAGAGACAAGGCUGGAAGAGGCCUUAGAGAAUUUGUGUGAGCGGAUCCUGGAUUACAGCGUUCAUGCUGAGCGCAAGGGUUCAUUAAGAUAUGCCAAGGGCCAGAGUCAGACCAUGACAACGCUGAGAGGCCUGGUGCAGAAAGGGGUAAAGGUGGAUUUGGGGAUUCCUCUGGAGCUGUGGGACGAACCGAGCGUGGAAGUGACAUUCCUCAAGAAGCAGUGUGAGACCAUGCUGGAGGAGUUUGAAGAUGUCAUAGGAGACUGGUACUUCCAUCAUCAGGAAAAGUCCCUACAGCAUUUUCUAUGUGAAGGUCAUGUGCUCUCAACUGCUGAAACUGCCUGUCUACAGGAAACUUGGACUGGGAAGGAGAUCACUGAUGGGCGACAAAAGACAGAAGAGGAGGAGCAAGAUGGGGAGGAGGAGGCAGCGGAGGAGGAGGAAGAGGAGGAGGAGAAGAUGACCAACACACCAGGCCACCCUAAGCAUGACCCAGAGGAUCUUUGACCCUUGCCUUUGAGCUCCCAGGAAGGACAGAGGUCACAGAGAAGAACCUUCCAGCCUGAGCUCUCCCUGUCCCACAGCUUUAAGAGUGUGUGCAUG